AUGCAGCGGGCGUCGCGGCUGGCGAGGGAGCUGGCGCUGCUGGCGGCCGAGCCGCCGCCCGGCGUCUCGUGCUGGCCGAGCGAGCGGCGCCCGGGCGAGCUGCGCGCACAGAUUUUAGGCAGUGCAGACACGCCGUAUGAGAAGGGAAUAUUCAACCUGGAAAUAGUUGUUCCUGAAAGAUACCCGUUUGAGCCUCCAAAGAUUCGCUUUCUGACCCCUAUCUAUCAUCCGAACAUUGACUCCGCUGGAAGGAUUUGCCUGGAUGUUCUCAAGUUACCACCCCAGGGUGCGUGGAGGCCGGCCCUGAACAUCUCCACGCUGCUCACCUCCAUCCAGCUGCUGAUGGCAGAGCCCAACCCGGACGACCCCCUCAUGGCCGACAUCUCUUCAGAGUAUAAGUACAACAAGCCGCUGUUCUUGGUAAAUGCCAGAGAGUGGACUAAGAAAUACGCGAGCGAGCAGAAGAGGGCAUCCAAAGCCCUGGAGGAGACGACAAACCAAAGUGAAGCCAGCUCCCAAGAACCCACCGCUCCAAAAAGGAAAGGGAGUAAUAUUGUUGAGAAGGAGAAGAAAUCUCGCCUGGAUCCCUAAGUGGUUUUCAUGGCUGUGCACUGCUCUGUUCUCCUAGAGUUUUAUUUAGUUAGAACUAAAUCUUUUGAUGGCUCUGUAGCCGGUUUAAUUUUCUCUGU